AUGAGUGACAAGUCAGGUGGUGGGAAGAGCAAGUCUCAUUACAGAAAUGAUCAGAACAGUGGAAAGACUCCAAGUUGGGGAGCACCUGAAAGUGCAAGUCCAAGAUCCAACUUGAGUGAAAAAUCUAAGAAUGGUACCAGCAUUGUCGGUGCAACUAAUUCUAACAAUAAUAGCUCUCUAAAAAGCAGUCAAACCUCAACAGAGCAAAAAUCAAAGCAAAACGAAAAGAGAGAGCCCAAUUCAAAGAUUCAAUCAAAAACAUUGUCUUCAACAACGACUGCUGCUAAAUCCAAUUCUUCUUCUACUACAACUACUACUGCCACUGGCUCUUCUUCUAUUCCAACCCCAUCAGUUUCAACUUCUUCAUCGACUACAAGCAUAGGAACAAAGCAACCUGUGUCGCUUCAGCCAAAAGAAGAUGAUAAAAAGAGAACAAGAUCACCACAAUCAAAUCGAUUUGAUAGUUAUAGUAAUAAAUCUGAAUCUGUCACUGGUAGAGGAACCACAACUGAUGUACGGAAACCACUGACUAGCACUACCUCGUUUGAUGGUUCAAGAAGUUUCAAUGAUGACAGUAGAUUGUCUAAGUUAAUGAAAAGAGUGAUUAAAGAAAGUGAUAAAGAUAGAAAAAUUUCUGCUGCAAGACAGUUGAAGGAAUUUUUACAUACUGCAGAAGGAUUCAGGAAUGUUAGUAAAAGUAAUGAUGAUAUACUGGGAGCUUUACAAGGUGUCUUCUAUGAAAGGUCAUAUCGAGAUGUUAAGAUUGAUAUUGCCCUAUGUAUUGGUAUGGUUGGUAGCAUGGCUCAAGAUAUGCAGAGUUAUUUUGAAUGGUUAUUUAAUCAAAUGGAAACAAACCAAGAUGAUGAAAUUAAAGCUUUUUAUCUGAUGUCUUUAUUAGAGACUUUAAGAUGUGAUGAGAGGAAACAUAGUGCUGCUGAUUUAAUUGGUUAUGUAAUGGAGAGAAUCUGGUCGUUGUUAGAGAAUGCUGAUACACCUGAUUUAUUACGUUCAGUAGUAGAUGUUAUAUUAUAUAUAGCUAAAGUGCAUCCUCAUGUCUUUACAUUACACUUCAGAGAUACAGUAGAUAUAUUGGUUGGAUGGCAUAUUGAUUCUACACAAAAAGAAAGUUUAAUCAGCUAUACAUCUGAAGCAUUAGUUAGUUUCCGUAAAUUUUGGAUGGCUGAUGUACAAUUCUCGGUUACAUUAUUAGGACAGUUCUUGGAAGAUAUGGAAGCUUAUUCUGAGGAUCUAGUACUAUGUAUGAAUGAUCAAGUCAAUGGUGAAGAAGAAUUACCUACUAUUGAAGAAUGUGUAACUAAAAUAUCAUCAUUACUUCGUGUAUUUACAACAGUUUUAAAUUGUCUUGGUGAUAGUUUUACUACCAAUAGAGGAGGGCGUAUGUCACUUGAUGAAGUCAUUAAUAUUCAAGAAAGAGUUAUAAGAAGUAUAGAAAGUGUAUCAAAAUCUCUGUACUCAGAAUGUGUUUUAAUAGCAGCCAAUAAUUGUUUAGAAGUAUUGAUGAAUCAGAUACAGACUGGUGGUGGUACUUCCAGUGAAUUAUUAUUAAACUAUAUAGUCUCUAUAAUAUAUGUUACUAAACCUAUCAAUAAACAACUAAUAAUAUCAACUUUAUCAUUUAUUAAAAAGAUUAUCAAAAGUUACAGUACUAAGUUACCAGUACCAUUUUUAACAGAUAUUCUUCAAGCACAAUCAUUAUUGAGAACAGCUAGAUUUUCACAAUCUCAAGAGGUGAUAAAUGAAUUGAUGUCUGUAUAUCAUACAUUACUUGGACUAAAGAAUGUUCCUUUACUGGAAGAAACUUACAGAUUGAUGUUAUGUGAUAUAGAGAUAGCCUAUAAUACACUACUCAGUGAUCAUGUUGAAGAGCGUAUCAGUUUAACUAGCUCUAAUCAUUAUACUGAUAUAGUUUAUACUUAUAAACAAGCUGAACUUGUUAUUAUCUUUAAUACUUGUGCUAUUACUGAAAUUACUAAUACAAAGUCAAAUCUCUUUGGGAUGUGGGCAUUAACACCAAGUGUAUUUGAUUUAUUGGUAUCUGAGUUAAAACCAACUAAUAGUAAUAUAGCUAGUACCUAUCCAGCUGUACAAUAUUCUAUAGUACAUACAUUAUACUCUCAUUGUAUCAGACAUGACUUCUUUAUAUCAAGUAGUGAGAUAGUAGCAUCAUAUCAAUCAGAGAAUUUAGUUGGUGUUAGUCAAGCUACUAAACAUUAUCUAGAUAGAAUACUGGUGUUGAUACACAAACUAUUAAUGGAUACACAUACUUCAUAUGAUACAAGAUGCUUGUGUUUGAAAUGGGUAUCAGAUCUUGUGAACCCUCUGCAGACAUCAUUGUUAGCAUUAACAUGUCCACAGUUUCUAGCUGUUAUAAAGGCUGUAAUAUCUCAAGGUUAUAACAAAGAGAGUAAUAUUUAUAUGACUGUUUGUCAAUGUCUUAUAAACAUACUGAAAACACAAGUUACAUUUCAUGUUGAAAUAACUCAGUUGUGUUUAGAAUUGUGUGUUUAUAGAUUAUCUGAUAUCAAUAAAGAUGUCAGAGAUUACUAUACUAACUUACUAGUGUUAUUACCACUCAAUGUAUCAACAAGUAUUGAAAUAUUUGAAGCGGAAGAAGAAGGAUUAGCUAAUCAUAAAUACAAUAAAUCUAUUGGUAUAACUACAUUGUGGUUAGCAAGACGAAGUCAUAUGUCACGUACACCAUUAGGAACAUUUCAUUCUCAUAACUUCAGACAUGUAAUAUCAUUUAUAUUACAUAAUACAUCUCCAAGUCAACUUGGUGUAUUAAACUGGUUGCAGGCUAUGUAUCAUGCUUCACAAAGAUCUGAUAAAGAUACAGAUAAAACUUAUGAAACAACCUGUCUUCAACUAUUGAUUGAUGGUAAUGAAUCAUUGUUAUGGUCCUGGGCUACAUGGGAAGCAGCUCAGUUCUGUAUACUGUCUAGGUUACGUACACCAUUAGGUAAACCACAAGAUACCUUUACAACUAUAGAGGGUGUAUUAAAACAGUUUGCUCUAGAAGUUACAGAUAAUACUGGUGUUUUAGAGUCCACUAAAGGUGAGAAACAAGGAGAGUAUACAUGUUUAAAGAGAGUACAGUUAUUAAUGUAUUUUAUGGAGAAUCUAGAGAAGAUAUUAUAUAAUGCUUAUGAAGGAUGUACUGUAGCUAUGCCUGCAAUACCCAAGACUGUAAAGACUUUUUUCCGUACUAAUAGAGGUACAUGUGAAGAAUGGUUAACUAGAAUAAGAAAGUGUGUUAUAACUACAGCUCUCAAUGCUGGUAUGUCUGCUAUGGCUGUUAGACAUGCUUUUCAGUUGUUAAAAGAUAUGGCAGAGGCUGAACAUCAUCAGACUGAGCUAUUUGAUAAAGUAUUAGUACAAGCUGUUCAAGCUAUGAUAGAUUUAAAGAGUCCAGAAUGUAUAAUAGGUCUAUAUAACUGGUGUAGAGAGAGUUGUGGUAGAAAAUUACCAUGGAUGAGAACAGCAUCUGAUAUAGCUAAUAGAAAAUUUGAAUCAGCUGUAAAAGAUUUAAAGAUACAUGUAACAUCAAUAGUAGAAGAUAAUGAUGAUAAUAAUGAUAAAAUUGAAGAUGGUGGUAAUCCAAAACAAACCUCAACAGUUCCUGUAAUACUGGGUUUUCUUAGUUCCCAGAUAACUGAUUGUUAUAUGGAAUUAAAUGAUUGGAAAUCUGUUAUUGAAUGGCAAGCAAUGAUGAAUCAGUAUAGAACAGAGAAUACCUUAACUACAUUUCAUACUGCCUUUAAUUCUACAGUAGAUCUUAAUUAUAUACAUGCUCUAGGCCAUUUUGAUGAAGGUAAAUUUAGUAAUGUUAAAGAGAGUUUAGAGUUGAUACCAGGAGCUAGUAUUACUGACUGUAAUAUUACUGAUAAUAAUUAUAAUAUAUGCUGGAACCCACAACAAGAAAUACAUCAUAUACAUCAACAGUUUAUUAGGGCUAGUACUAUCUUACAAGAUACUAAAUCUACUACUGCUAGAUCUGAUGCUGUAAAGUGUUUAUUAAAUGCUGAAAGACUAGCUGAAGGAUUAUUACAUGUCAAUUCAUUUGAAUGGCCCCCAGCUUUCUCACCACAAUUAUUGACAGAACUUGGUACAAUAUCUACUCUCAGACAACAAUUAGAUGAGAAAAAACAAAGGAAAAUAUUAUGUCCUAUGUCAGAUGAUAGUUGUGAAAAUGACUGUGAAUUAGACAGUUUAUUACAGAUAUUACGGUUGAUUAAAAUACAACUUAGUCUGACUAAUACUGAUAAAAAUACAGAACUAUUAAGACAGUUGUCCCGAGUUCAUAUUAAUGCUGCUUCUGUGGCACGUAAACAAGGCAACUUUAUAGCAGCAGAGAAAUUACUCAUAAGACAAGUUACCUUACUCAAGGGACACUCAGAAAAUGGGCAUCCACCAACACCUAAAAAUCUGAUACCAGCUCUAGGGAGUCUACGAGAAUCAUAUGUUGGAGGUAAUCAACUGGAUAUAUUGAAGAUUGACAGAGAAAGUUGUAAGCUUCUUAAUGAUCUUGGAGAGACUAAGGCUUCAUUGGACAUUCUAUCUGGUACUGUUAUUAACAAUAUGACGUCUGGUAAAGAUCAAGAUCCCUCUAUGAAUUAUGAAGUAAGAGAACUAUCGUCACGGUCACUACUAACAUUAGUAAAAUGGUUACAAGUUGAUAGUAAGAAUAUGAAUGGUAUUAUUAGUAAUAUUAAGAUGGUGGGUAGUCAAGGAGAUGGUAAUGGUAUAUGUAUUGUAGGAAAGAAUAUUCAAUCAUUAUUAGAAAUAGAAGAUAAAACAUCACAAAAUAAUCUCCAUUUUGUUAUUGAUGGAGACAAAGGUUUAAAGAUAGGUAGUAGUAAUAUGAUAUCUGAUAGUGAUGCUGUAAUUGGUAGAUUACUACAUCUUAGUACAAUAGAAUGUCCUGAACUAGCUAAAUCUUGGUUCUUACUAGCUAACUGGUGUUAUAAAUGGGGAAGAAAGGCUGUUGAUAAUGCCAGUCAUGGUAGUAUGGAGUUAUCUUUAGAAGAGAAGAAUGAUAUACUGAAUGCUUUACCCAAUACAAUGCCACUAGAUGAAUGUGAGAAAGUCAUCAGUAUAUUAAGUCAAGUUCACAGUCCUGUUUCUAAUGAAGAAGAUAUUAGUGACCAAGAUCAGAGUUUAUAUGAUGAUGGUACAGAAACAACACGUAAACAGUUAAUAUCUAGUUGUCAAUCAUUACAAUCUAUAGAUGACAAUAUUAUAGAUUCUCUGUUAUUAAUCUGGCAGAGAGUUGUAUCUAGAGUAUAUUAUUACUAUCAGUUAUCAGCUAUAUCAUAUUUUAAAUACCUUCAACUCAAUAGAAAGAUUGGAACUAAAACUGAUAAUGAAGAUAGUAAUGUUAUAGCCACGUUAAGAUUAUUAAGACUACUAGUGAAACAUGCCUGGGAAUUGAGAACUGUCCUGGAAACUGGUUUAGCUGAAACACCUACCAAUCCUUGGAAAGGUAUCAUACCCCAGUUAUUUUCAAGAUUAAGUCAUCCUGAAAGUUAUGUUAGACAGAGUGUAUCAGAUCUGUUAUGUCGUGUAGCACAAGAUGCACCACAUCUGAUAGUAUAUCCUGCUGUAGUUGGUAGUACUGUUACUACUACUGAUAAAGUUUCUGAUCAGAGCGGAAUAUUAAAUGAGUAUUUAUCUGAGAAAGAUGAUGUUGAAGAUGAUGAAAACUCACAGGGUGAUGAAGGAGAUAUUGAUGAUGAUCCAACAAGAACUAUCUUACAGUCAUGUUUAACAGCUAUAGUUGAUACAUUAUCACACCAUUAUUCACAAAUGAUAUUGGAGGUUCAACAUAUGGUACAAGAACUACGUAGAAUAACUGUAUUAUGGGAUGAAUUAUGGUUAGGAACAUUAAAUCAACACCAUCAAGAUGUAGUUAGAAGAUUAAGUCAAUUAGAUAAUGAAGUCAAGAAAGUCAACAAUAAUCAUUCUCUAUCGAAAGAAGAGAAGACAGCCAUAAUUAGAGAGAAACAUAGAACUAUUAUGAAGCCAACACUGUACACUAUGGAAAGAUUAGAUGAAAUAACUUGUCAACAAGCUGAGACUAAUCAUGAGAAAUGGUUCCAAGAAACUUAUGGACAAUUAAUAAAAGACGCUUUAAAGAGAUUGAAAAACCCACCCAACCCAAGUAAUCCUAAUUCAACAUGGCAGUUGUUUAAACAGAUCCACAGUAGCUUACAACAGAGAGCUCAGAAAAGAAAUAGUUUGAUACUAAGAAUACAAGAGAUCAGUCCUAAACUAUCAGCUAUAGAAUCAUCUGUUAUACCAAUGCCAGGGUUAGGUGUUAUCGGACAGGUUAUUACCAUUGAUUCAGUGUGUAAUACAGCCCAAAUAUUACCAACUAAAACCAAACCUAAAAAACUCAUAUUUUUAGGCUCUGAUGGAAGAAAAUAUCCCUACCUAUUUAAAGGACUAGAAGAUUUGCAUUUAGAUGAAAGAAUUAUGCAGUUUUUGAGUAUUGUAAACAAUAUGUUUGCUAAUUCUAAACAAGGCUCUCAUCAAUUAUACAGAGCGAGACAUUAUUCAGUAACUCCAUUAGGACCUAGGUCAGGCUUAAUACAAUGGGUUGAAGGUGCUACGCCAUUAUUUGGUCUGUAUAAAAAAUGGCAACAGAGAGAAGCUUUAGCACAGACUAUGAAGAAUACUGGUACCAGUACAAACACUGCACCUAAUAUAUCCAGACCUAGUGAAGUCUUUUAUAAUAAACUAACACCAGCAUUAAAAGAUAAGGGAAUAGAUACAUUAGAUAAUCGUAAAGAAUGGCCUCUAAAUAUCCUAGUUAAAGUUUUACAAGAGUUAAUGGAAGAAACACCUGCUGAUCUGUUAGCUAGGGAGUUAUGGUGUUCUAGUACUGGAGCUAGUGAAUGGUGGUUGAUGACAAAAACCUACUCUAGAUCAGUGGCUGUCAUGUCUAUGAUAGGUUAUAUCAUUGGUCUAGGUGAUAGACAUUUAGAUAAUGUAUUGGUAGAUCUAGCUACAGGAGAGGUGGUCCAUAUUGAUUAUAAUGUAUGUUUUGAGAAAGGGAAAGGCUUGAGAGUACCUGAACGUGUUCCAUUCAGAAUGACACCCAAUAUACAAACAGCACUUGGUUUAACAGGUGUAGAGGGAAUGUUUCGUAUAGCCAGUGAACAUGUUUUAAAGACAAUGAGAAAAGGAAGAGAGACAUUAUUAACUCUAUUGGAAGCAUUUGUCUAUGAUCCUCUAGUAGAUUGGACAACUGGUAAUGAGGGAGGAUAUACUGGAGCUUUCUAUGGUGGUGGUACAUUACAAUCUAAUCAACCUGAUAGUAAAAAGACUAGAAAAGAAUUAGAACAAGAAAUAACUAGCAGUAUGUUUUCAAUCAGAAUAGCUGAAAUGAAGGCUCUGUGGAAUAAAAAUAGAGAUGAAUUAGUAGGUAGUAUACCAAAGUUACUAGACUGUAUUGAUAAAUGGUUAGAUACAGAUAAACAAUACACAACAUUACAACAACAUACAGAUUGUCUUCAAUCACUUUCUCUACUCAUUAAAGAGGCCUUAAAAAAUAAACAACAUAAUAUAUAUACCUUACAAGAUAGAUAUGGUGAAUAUUCUGUUGUAAAAUCAACACAAGAUUCAGCUCAACAUGCUGUAGAAGAAACUAUAACAGAACUUGGAAACUGGCAAGAGAUACAUAAGCAUGUAAUAGGGAAUGUACAAGGUAGUGCUAUACAGUCAAUGUGUUUAGAUGUAACAGGAAAAUUUGAUAUGGGUGUACCUAGUUUUACAGCUGCUACUGAUUUCUUACAUGGUGCUGGACAGUCACAGAUGGUGUCUCAGAGUGAAGAAUUAGAAAGUGAGCUAAAUAAUCACCUUCAACAGAGAAGAGCUCUGAUACAUUCAACAUUAGAGACAUUAGUUAAUUAUAAUAAUAUGAUAUCACAGUUUGGUAGUCAGUUUGCUCUACAAUGUAGAACAUCUCAAUAUUUGAUAUGGUUACAAGAAUUAUUAUGUUGUUUUACAUCUCAACAGUGUGAUAGCUUAUUAAAAAGAUUUCAAGAAGAAUAUGGUGUCAACUCUAAUACACAUUUACUGAAAACUCAACUAAUAGUAUCUACAGAAACUACACUACAGGCUUAUAUAUCAGAAUAUAACAGUAAAAUGAUGAAGCUGAUUGAAAGAAGAGCUUUAGAGACUGUAGAAACUGGUGUGUUAGAAAUGCAACUUUAUGAAGGUGAAAAUGAUAUCAAGAAAUUUGUACAAGAAAAUGGUAUGUGUGGUGUUAGCUCUCUAGUAUGUAUGAUAGUAACAGCUUUAUGUUCAUUAAAUAAAAGAUAUUUAUUGAUGGAGGGAGCUGCAGCAGGAGCUGGUGAUAGAUUAAUGGAUUUAACAUCUAGAGAUGGUGACUGGUUUUUAGAUGAAUUAUGUAGUAUGAGUGGAAAUGUCAAUAUGUUUCUUAUGACAUUAAAAAACAAUAUGGUGACAAGUGAUAUGGAGAAUUUUAAAGAAUUACACCAUGCUUUAUCAUCAACACAUAAUUCAUAUGUAGCAUUACAGGAACUGAAUAUAAACUUUAGAACAGUGAUAUUACCAGAAACAUUAAAACUAAUACAAUCACAAGAUCAGAGUUUUCUACAAGUUUUAACAGAGCUAGAGACCAUGGUGUGUGAUAUCAACCAACCUCUAGAUAAAGUAUUGAUAGAACUAGAAAAUCUACAUAGAAAUGCUGUACUAGGAAUUGAGAAUGAUAAUAUAGAAAUUGUUGGAACUGUUAAAAGAUUAGAGAAGAGAUUUAAUAGUUUAUUACAACAGAAGAAUAUGAAUGAUAUGCCUACUGGACAGAUGUUAUUGAUGGGUUUUAAUGGUUUAUUUACAAGACUAGAGGAUGAAUUUAAUAUCUUGAUGGAAGCUAUAGAUCACAUUAUUCUAUUAGUACCAGAAUCCUGGAAGAAAAUUGAUGCUGUCAGAGAUGCUAAGGCAUUGCAGCUGUCUUCAUUUACCAGUGGAACUAGAAACUUACUGUCAGCCAUAUUUUUUGUAAGAAGACUUCAAGCCAUGCAAGAAUUCUUUCAUAUGGUGACACAAUAUGCUGCUGCUUUACAGGGACUAGAUGUAGGUGUAAGUUAUGAUGAUGAUCAACUAGCAAAACCUGUAAAGAAAUUUAUAGCAGAAUAUGUGAGAAAACAGAUAAUUGGUUUUCCAUCUCAGAUAUUGGGCUAUUUAAUGUGUGUAUUGAUAGAUACAUUAAGUCUCAAUGUUUCGGCUGAGAUUGAAUCUAAAGAUAUUGGAGCUGAAUCUAAAGUAGCAUUAGAUGAGUUAUGUAAGAAAGGAGUUGAUAUAUGUUUGAGAGAUAAUCAGUUUCAACAUGUACAUUUAAUGCAAGCCACAUCACUGACUACAGGUUAUGAUUCUGCAUGGAGAAAACAUGAUUUAGCUAGACGCUUAGAUAGUAAUAUCAGAUUAUUACAGUCAACUAUACAGAGAACAACAUUACAACUAGCUAGAUAUCAGUGGUUACAUGAAGAUAUAUUUAUACGCUCUGGUCGUCCUAGUAACCAAUUACUAACACCUCAUAGAUCUACUAUUAUGUCAGAUAUUAGAAAGAGUAUGCAGAGUUUAUCAAGUGAAGAAAGUUUAGUAUUACCUAGUGAAGAGAAAUAUUUUCAACAUGAAGAGAGUAUAGCUCAGAGAUUACGCUGGGCAGCUGGAGCUAAUCCUAAUCUUAAUCUCAUACUCAUACAAUUUGAAGAGACUAGUCAACAUAGAAAGACAAUGUUAGCGGAAGAAAGAAAGAGAUGUACAGAUAUUAUUAAUUGGUGUCAAGGUAUAUUACAUUUUGAAGCAUCGAGAACAAGAACAUCAGAGGCUAUUUCUUCUGAUAAUAACUUUCAUACAUUGAUCAAGAGGUGUAUGGAAUGUUGUGUUUUAAUGGAAACAUGUAAUAGUUAUGUAACACCACUUGAAUUACAACUAGUUGAGAAAAAGCCUCUAAAGAAAGAUGGUAAAGUUGAUAAUAAAUGGUUAGAAGAAUGUUUAGAAGUUAUUGAUGUUUCUACCACUGAGAAUAAAACUAAACAUGAUAAAAUGUUAGCACAGUUUAAAACACAGAAAAUAUCUUGUCAAGAUAAAGUGAAUGAUAUUAAAGCUAUAUUAAGUAGUCAUCAUAAAUUGAUGUCAGAUAUUAGAUCAAUUCUAAAAUCACUGGCCAAGCAAGAAGAGACAGAAUAUGGUGAAGUUAUUACAGAGGGUGGUAUUAGACAAUAUCUAGUACAAUAUAAGACAUUCUCUGAGAGUUUAUCACUGGUAUUAAAAGGUAUUAUACAAGAUGAGGAGGAUAGAGAGAAUAUGAAACAAUCUAGAGUUGUGAUGACUGAAUUAUUGACAGAAAUACCCCAGAUAUAUGACAAUUUGAUUGAUUUAGCUCCACCAUUGAUAACUUUGGUUGAUAAAGAUAUAUGUGAGUUUAUUUUAAGAUUUUUGUUUAAAUGUGUUGGUUCUGUCUGCAUAGCUACUAAGAAGAUAAAAGAAAGUGAUGGUGUAGCAAGUCCAGGUAGAAAGCCUUCUUCAUUCUAUAAAGAUACAGUAGCAUCAACCCCACCCAACAGUUCUCAAAAUAUACCUUCUAAACUACAGAGUACCCCUGUUGUAAAGAAAGAUAAAAUUGCCAGAGAUCCCAGGACAGGAAAAGCUAUACAAGAAAGAAAUACGUAUGCAGUAGGUGUAUGGAGAAGAGUUAAGAUGAAAUUAGAUGGUAGAGAUCCUGAUAUUAAUAAACGUCUAUCAGUAGCUGAACAGGUUGAUUAUGUUAUAAAAGAUGCCACUAAUAUUGAAAACCUGGCCCUACUGUAUGAAGGGUGGACGCCAUGGGUGUGAAAAAUUAUGCCACAAGUCUUGGCUCACUCAAUCUCCAUGCCUUCCUCGUCAAGCGUGUAUCUACAAUAACGCUUAUUACAGGAAAGCAAUAACAAAAUUACCAGAAGGAAGACCACGUAGCGGCACUGUCCGUCACAUGAUGAAAAAAGCUAAGAUCAACGCUCUCGGGCCCGGCCGGUGGGCCUAUGAAAUGAGAGUGCUUGCUUUUUUGUGCGAGGUCUUUUCUAAGCAUCCUUAAGGAAGGAUGAUUAUGACAAGCGUAACUAAAGAGUUGUAGUAGAAAUAAACUACAGUAUAAUAUAUGGAUGAUGAAGAUGCUGUCAAUUACCCAAUAAGAUUGUAGAGUUUUAUAGAUUGAUAACACCUAGCUUUGAUUUGAUAGUUCAAUAGAAAUAAGGGGUAAUAUUGUAUGUAAGUAAUAUAAAAAUGUUUUUUUCACAUGUGUAUAUAAUUUUCAUGCAAACGUUAUCUAAAAUUAUAAUGUAAAUUACUUUAAACUAAAAAAAAUAUAUGUGGUCGAUUAUUCAUUCAAUGGUCUUGCAGUUAUUUUCAUUGUUGUGUAUUUUUUAUUUAAUUCCUAGUAAUUAUAACCUAUAUUUCAAUAUUACAAUAAAUAAAGCUAGAAAUAUUAGCUCUAUCUAUAUAUGUGGUGAAUAGAAAUACUAUAUAGAUUUGUAUUCAUCAUAUAUUAUAGUCACAGUUUUACUAGAUGUAUUAUUUAUGUUAUGUAACAGUGGUCAAAUAAAUUAAAUUAGUUCACAA